AUGCUAGAGAACCAGCUUAUUGAGAUCAGCCAACAGCCCUCAGUUGGCAUACUGGAAUUGAAAAUGGUUUUAUCUGGUUUAUCAAAGCUUGGGAAAGGUCCCUUAGCGCAUCAGAUUUUUUUGAAGUCAUAUGGAUUCCGCCUUCAGAGGAGCAUUGAGGAUUUUCUUGCAUUGUGUCCUUGCUACCCAGAAACAUAUUCUACCACAUUGUCUAACCUUGUGUUCUUAAUGAUUUCAUUGACAACCAAAGAAUCUGGUCUGAUGUUUGGUGACAAUCCUGUCUAUAGUAAUAAAAUUGUUCAAUGGGCAGAAUGGGAAAUUGAAUCUCUUGUAAGGUUGGUCAAGGAAACUGCACCACCUUCUGAGAAAGCUUCGCUUUACGUGCAGCUAGUAAGAUCCAGAAGAGAGGUUCUUGAUUUCGUAGGCAGUGAUGAGAGCAUACCAUUAUCACCUCGGUUUGCAUCUCUGCUUUCUACUUUUGCAGCUUCUGAUACUAUGCUUGUUGAUUGUGGCGGAGAUAACACUAAUUUGGAUGAACAAACAACCAUUCAACUGGCAGAACUUUCCCUUGAUGAGCCACAACUAGAGGCAUUUGUUCUUGAUGAUAAUGAGUAG